AUGACGAGCAGACCUGAACAUGUUGCUCCACCAGAGAUUUUUUACGGAGAAGCAGAAGCAAAAAAGUACACAAGAAACACUCGUAUUAUAUCCAUCCAGAAUGAAAUGACAUAUAGAGCCAUUGAACUGCUCGCAUUGCCAGAGGAUAAAUCUGCAUAUAUUUUAGACAUUGGCUGUGGAUCUGGACUAUCUGGCGAGGUGUUAGAAGACGAGGGACAUGUAUGGGUUGGACUGGAUAUUUCUAAAUCAAUGUUAGAUGUUGCUGUAGAGAGAGAGGUUGAAGGGGACUUAUUUGAACACGAUAUCGGUCACGGACUCGGAUUUCGGCCGGCUACAUUUGAUGGUGCAAUCAGUAUUUCAGUACUUCAAUGGCUUUGCAAUGCUGAUAAACAAUCGCAUGUUCCUCGCCGUAGACUCCAUCGUUUUUUUACCACACUCUAUACAAGCUUGUGUCGAGGUGCUCGCGCUGUGUUUCAGUUCUAUCCUGAAAGUCCAGCUCAGAUUGAAAUGAUUGUUGCUAGUGCAAUGAAGGCUGGAUUCACUGGUGGUUUAGUUGUGGACUAUCCCAAUUCAUCAAAAGCAAAAAAAUAUUACCUGUGUUUGUUUGCUGGAGUGGCUGCCAAUUCUGCCGAAAAAACUCAAGAAUUACCCAAGGGACUUGACGAGGAAGGACAGAGUGUAUCAUACUCUGAUAAACGUGUUCGCGAGCGAUACAGAAAAGGUGCACACCACCGAGUGUCUGUUAAAGACAAGGACUGGAUUCAACGCAAAAAGAAUCUAGCCCGUGCUCGUGGAAAAGAUACUGCGCAAGACUCUAAAUUCACUGGUCGGAAGAGAGGACCUCGGUUUUAAUCAACACAUCACUUUACAGCUGUAUUCACGUAAAAUGGUGCAUUUUCUGUAUCUUGUAGUGACUCC